AUGACAUGGAUGAUGGUUGCAGUAGGAAUGACGCUUCAGUGGUCAAUUAUCGCCUUCGUUCUCUACGUUGAGAUCGCCGUCACGUUUAUACUACUACUUCCAUGGAUCCGGCCAUCUCUGUGGAGCAAGCUAUUCAAAAGCCGCCUCAUAACAUCUCUGAGUGCACAUGCUCAAAUUUACUCCUAUGCUGGAGCCUUCGUGCUUUUCAUUCUGUUCGCUGAUGCUGUUCGCGAAGUUAAUAAAUACUCGCACGUCGAAGUUGCAUUGGAAUCGUCGGUGCGGCAUGCCGCCGAUGCGGAUGCAGUUAUACAUAUGAGAUUGUUUCGCGCUCAACGAAACUUCUACAUCUCCGGAUUCGCCCUUCUGCUUUUCCUCGUCAUCAAACGUAUUAUGGGUCUAAUCAGUCGCGGAGCCCAACUCGAAGCUGCUAGUGAAGCUGCAAUGAGACAAGCCGAAAGUGCUUCAAAGGCUGCAAAAACGCUCAUGAAUGCUGGUGGUGAAGGAGAAGUCGCUGAAUUGAACCGCAAGAUCGAUGAGCUGGGCACUGAGCUGAAAAAGACGCAAAUAGAUCGUGACACGCUUCGCAAACAGGCUGAAUCUCUCCAGAAAGAAUACAAUCGUGUAUCAGAUCUCUUGGUGCAGUACGAAGGUGGCGACCAUGCUAGCAAGAAAGACGAUUGA